AUGCCGUGCUUCACCUCUGGGAAGCUUGUCCUCACCACGGAGGAGCCGACUCCUACUGGGAGUAGCUCAGUUCCUUUGGUGACGACAUUGACGACUUCUACAUCGGCGGUGAUUACUGAUGGGCCGAGUGUGGGGGAUGAGGAGGAGGAGGUUACUACUCCGACUACGACGACGGCGACGGGGAAUGGUGGGAGUGUUGUCGGGGCUGGUGGUUCACUGGUGCGGGUCUUUGCUGGGGCGGUGUUUGGCGUUGUUGCGUUCGUUUAA